CCUCUACAACACAGCCAUCCACGGCUGCGUCCACAAUGGUCACUACAGCAGCUUCUACUCCUGGUACCACAGUACAGCCACCAUCUUGCAAUUCUGAAAAUGGUGAAUACUUGGCAACAUGUAGCGAGACAAAUCGAUAUUGCCCGGAUGUUAAUAUGACAGACGACAGUAACUAUCUGGAAUGCUGUAUGUGCCAAAAUGGAAGGCUUUUCAAUGAUGAAGGAAAAUGUGUAGAGCCAUGGGCCUGUACUACAUGUGAACUAAAUAUUGACGGGAAUAUGGUUAACAUGCCAUUGUACACACAGUUUGACGAACUUGUAUCUGGAACAGAAGACUGUACAAGAAAAUGUGAAUUCAACGAUGAAAGUUGUAACAAGACGUGUAUGGAAAACGUCAUAUGCAAAACCACUCCAACUUGUGCUGAGGGCACUAUCAUGGUGACGGAUGUCAACGGUUUACCAAUAUGCCAACGAGUGACUACUGCAAGUUAUACAACCAGCACGACACCACCCGCCGAAUGUGACUCGUGUGGGGAAGGCCAAAUAUCUUGUGAAGAUAGCUGUUCUUGUUACACUCCUGAUCAAAAGUGCGACGGCAAAGAAGAUUGCUUGAAUGGUCUUGAUGAGCUUGGUUGCGACUGCACAGAAAAAAUGCCCAAUGGGACCAAUGUGUACAUAGAAAAUGGAGGCGGGCUUCAGUGGAAUGAAUGUACUUAUUGCGAAUGUAGUAAUGAUAGUCCCGAUGGAAAAUGUGUCAAGACAUGUAAUAAAACGUGUGAAGAAGGAGAGACCCUUGAUGCUCACUUUGGCUCGACAGAUUGCUGUGAAUGUACAAAAGAAAACACAACCGCUCGCUGUCAACCUGGUGAUCCGGGUUAUCCCCGGUUAUGCAAAGAUAGUGAUUGUGAUCCUGUCAAAAAUACUAGCUGCGUAUAUGUCAGACCACCUCCAUGCGAAACAAGCAUUGUAUCUACCAUCAUCAACAAACAAGGCAUUUUCGUGAUAACACCAGAUCUUGCGACAAAAGCACUGAGUGGCUUUACAUCUGAUGCAAGUUACUCCGAUAUUAACCUUGCCGAUGGUAUAAGUUCUGACAUAACGAUAAAUUUCAUCGACAACCAAUUGCACAUUGUCCGCAACAUGUCAGUCAAAGUCACCAAUGUCGAGUCUGUUGCUGUAGCGAUUGCCUCUACAGCUACAUUCUCAGAAAGAUAUGAAUUAGACAUCGAAAACGGGGUGGCUAAGGUAGACUUUUUGAACGAAUUAAGUGAUGGUGUCAAUGCAAGAGAAAUAAAGAUCACUAUCAAGAAGAAAGUUCAAACGGAACCAUUCUAUCUUUCUAACUUAGAAAUACACACUUGUGACCAAGAAUGCUUAGAGCUGCCAACAAAAGAAUGUGAACCAAAGUGUGGACAUAAUAGCUGCGCAGAGGAUGAAUACCAAUGGACUAUCGAACAAUGCUUCUGUCGGUCUGGUUAUUCACAGCAGAUUUCUUAUGAUUCCUCAGUUCUAUACUGUAAAAAGGACACACCAGCUCCAUGCGUAUGUGAACACAAUAAUGUGACACUUAUGGAAAAUAUGGUGAGAGAAGUUGGUUGUGAGAAAUACACUUGUGGCAGUGAUGGUAUCAUGAUGAUUGAUGACAAACUCUGUGCAACAACUGCAACCGUACCAACCUUCCCUAUAACCUCAACAGGUGCUCCUACUACAAGUUCUGUGGCUACUACCACUGUUACAAUUGAAGAAUGCAAAGACAUGGGAAACUGCUUCAUUGAUAACAAAUGCAUGGUGAGCGGGUCUUCGUGGAGCCCCGAGGACAAUGACUGCACGACCUAUACAUGUGAAGAUGGUACAAUUAGUACUACAAUAGAAAGAUGUGCUGAAGUGAUUUGUAACGAACAAAUGGGACAGUAUCUGACAAGAUCGGAUGGAUCGUGCUGCAGCAAAUGCACCAAGGUCUGUACGGGAACUGGGGUUCAUCAUUGUGAUGGAGUUGAUGAUUGCAUUGAUGGGUCUGAUGAACAACUCCUGAAAUGUAAUGAGACUUAUAAAUGUCCACACAAGACCAUGGAAAUCUCUACAAAAUGUAAUGACGUAGAUCUGACAAAAAGUAGGAGCUGUUCUUACUCUAUCGACUUCGAUAAUUACCCUGUAAUGUUGAAUACGACUAGUACACAUUGCUGCUUGUGUAAGGAAGGUCAACACUACAAUGGAACAGAUUGUGUCCCUAUUGAUCAAUGCGGUUGUGAAUUUAAUGGCACCAUGUAUAAUAACAUGGAUGUCUGGAUUUACGACUGUGUGAAGCAUAUAUGUAAGUCUGGCAAUGUUGAAAGGGAUACAACUCGGGUUCAUUGUAAUGAGUGUAAGGCCUCGCAAACACCUUUACUGAUGGAUACUGAUGAUUGCUGUGAAACAUGCGUCGAAUGCAAGAAAGAAUCUGCCAUGACCGAUAUCUUCACAGUUGUAUAUCUUAACAACGAAAAAUUAGAAUCGCCAGAAAACACAUUGACACACCUUUCCUUCAAUGAAAGCAGCGAUUACACGAUUCGAUUUGAUUUUGGCUAUUACAACAGUGACGUGUCUGUAACGAGUAUAAACGUCCGUGCAGUUGACAUUGCUGAUGGAACUGCAAACGAUUAUUUUAGUCUAACAAGUGUCGAUUACUCAAACAAUGAUGGACCUACAAAAUCCGUGGAUGAAAGCGCACUUUUGGAGAUAUCAGUUACAGGUUAUGAACCAUCACCUGUGUUACAAGCGACGGGAUUGUCCAUUCAUGUGCGAACAUUGUCAUCAGUUACACUACUCGUUGAUGUAGAAAUAUGUAAACCUUUAGUGAGCGGAUCAACAGUAACAUCAAGUGCAACUACAACACCAGUAACAACAACUGAACAAGGCUCUACAGUAUCAAGUUCUGCUUCACCCAGUACAACGACAUUAGCUUCGACAGCACAACCUUCCACAAAAACCACACAAACUACUACUGAAGAAAUUUCAACAGGAACCAACAUUGGUACAACAUCUGGAACAGGUACAACGUAUGCGACAGGACCAGCAUCUACAGCAGCAGUAGCAACAUCUGCAGCAGGAACAACUUCUGAGGAAGGUACAACACUAGCAGCAGGAACAACCUCUGCAGCAGAAACAACAUCUUCAUCAGGCACAACUUCUGUGACAGGAACAACAUCUGCAGCAGGUA